UAUCAACCACAACUCGAGCUGUCAUUUAGAAAUGGAUAUAUAGGCUCCAGCUUAUGUCUAAUUCUUUUCUCAUCUUCACUUUUCUCGUUCUCAAACCCACCAGCGAGAAACUUGCACCUUUUGAUCGCUUACUAAAAUGCCCCGCACUUCGAAUACCCACCCCCACACUUUCAGUCGUUCUGGGCCCUCGAGCGUCACGUAUGAGGUUCCAUCACCUCCAUAUUCAUCGCCGCAUACGACAAUUACUAUUCCUAUUGGAUCGACGUGGACUUCUGGGCUCCAUUGGCAUGAAACGCAUACGGAAUAUCUCCAAGUCCUAUCAGGAGCUGCACUCAUCACUCUCAACGAAGUGACGCGCAUUUACACAUCUCAAGAUGGUGUAGUGACAGUCCCACGAUACGCGAGACACGAAUGGCAGCGUGCCUCUCGAGCUGAGGCUCUCGGUGUCGAUUUUGGACUAUCGUCCAUUGCUGUCUCUGGCUCCGAGGUCCAGACCCAGAAUCCAAGAUUGGAAUCGCUAGCCGAGCAAGAUCUUGUGGUCCGAGAAUGGACUUCUCCCACGGACAGUCAGAAAGAGAUCUUCUUCCGGAACCUCAGCGGCAUUAUCUCCUACGCCAUUGAACAGAACCAAGCAGAUUGGUAUCUGAUUUUACAGCUGUGGGUACUAUUUUUAGAGUUGGACAAUUACCCCGUCUUCUUUCAGUCCGCAAGUGUUCCUGUACUUGGGGGCUGGUUGGAAAGGUUGAGCUUGGGAAGAGUACUGGAAUGGGCUGUUUGCCAUUUCUUGCUGUGGUGUGCGGUGGUUGUUGGGAAAUUGCUAGGUGUGAAAGGGAUGCGGAAGGAGUAUACCCCGGUGAUGGUUAACAGGAAUGCAGAAGAGAUAAAGACGGAAUAGGUCAGUGAAGAUGAAGAUAAUGCUUGGGAAUUGGCUUCAAUUCCGGCUCCCAUAGAAUGUAGCUUUCUUGGCAUCUAAAUUGCUGGAGCACUUAUUCCCCUCAUCUUGUAUCGUGCUCGAAAGAAUAGUGAUAUGCGUCUGGUUGUACAUUCAAGUCUCGGUACAGUUGCCGACCUGCUGCUAUUGACCGUAUGAUCUGGCGACCGGAUAUUGAUCGAAUGGGGAUCUGCCAAACGAGAGCUGUCCUGAACCUCUGGUGACAACCCAAUGGUGGUGAUAUAGAGAGAAAGCGUGCUCCGGGUGAGCCAACUCUCAGGAAUAAAUAUAGAACCGUUCGAGAACACGAAAAUCAUAAUAUACAGAAGUCUAGAGAGCAGAU